AUGGCAGGAGAUCCCUUUCUUUCAGACCCUUCCAAGAAAAGGAAGAGGCAAGCCAAAACCACCAGCACAACAAAGAAACAACGCCCAGCUCCUAAGAAUACUGCUCCCCAGGGCCAUGAUUCAGAGAUCUCCAGCGACUCAGACGUUGAUCCAGCUGACAUGUCCAGCAAUGACGAAGCACCAGCCGCCACCGAGGAAAGAGAGCUUGAUUCUGACGAAGAGUUUGCCUCGGAAACCGCCGCCGACAAGCGUAGAAGACUCGCCAAACAGUACUUGGAGAACUUGAAGGAACAAGAACUAGCUGGAGACGAGUUUGAUGGUCAGGAAUUGGACGAUGACCUUUUGGCCAGAAGAUUACAAGACGAUGCUGCCGAAGGCAAGGGCCACGCAUACAAGCAUAUUGCAGAGAAGAUUGAAAAGCAGCUUGACCAGAUUACCAGAAGCACCGCCAGAGUAGGGUCCAAGAACCUCACUGCAGUGGCCGUGAAACAUCCUUUUGCAUACACAGUCUCCAAGGACAUGGAGCUCAUUAAGUGGAAUGUUGGCGGGAAGAAGCCACAGAGAGUCAAGCACACGAAGGGCGGGCUCAAGUUCUUCAAUAAUAAAAUACAUCACUGUGACCAGAUUAACUGUGUUGCUGUGUCUCCAGACGGCAGGUACGUUGUCACGGGUGGAAACGACGCCAGACUUAUAAUAUGGUCGACGGAAAACCUUACGUGUUUGCGUGUUAUCGAUACCAGAGCUGCAGUUAAUGCUAUUACGUUCAGAAGGAACUCAGACCAGUUGUUUGCAGCCUGUGCUGAUCUUAGAAUCAGAACAUUUUCUAUUGCCCAGCAAGCACAACUAGAGAUUCUUUACGGUCACCAGGAUAAUAUCACCGAUAUCAGCGCAUUGAGCCGUGAAACGUGUGUUUCUGUCGGGUCCAGAGACAAGACGGCGAUGUUCUGGAAAAUCGCAGAAGAGCUGAGGUUGACUUUCCGUGGUGGUGACUCUACAGACAAGAAAAGAAGGCGAAAGGAUGACGAUGGCCCACAGGACGACAAUGAGCCUUUCCAUAUGGAGGGUUCUAUGGAGGUUUGUUCCAUGGUUGAUGAGUCUCACUUCGUCACUGGUGCAGACAACGGUAACAUUGCUUUCUGGUCGUUGGGUAAGAAAAAGGCUUUGUUCACGCAACGUCUAGGCCACGGGCUCAUGCCUCAGUAUAAACCAUCCCAGGCCAGUGCUGAAACAUCUGAAGACGUUGCACAGUUCCAGAUUCCUGACAGACAACCAUAUUGGAUAACAGCCAUCCACUCUGUUCCAUAUACCGACUUUUUCAUCACAGGAUCAUACGAUGGAGAACUAAGGCUAUGGAAGAUUGACAAGGAGAGAUUCAAGCGUUUCUCGCCAAUGGGUGUUGUUGGAAACGUGAAAGGUGUUGUGGUGGGCAUUGAUAGCUGUGAGCCUCAGAAAGAUACACAGUUGACCAUCUUAGUGGCCACGAGUAAAGAGCACAAGUUUGGUCGGUGGUUGGGUAAGGUUGAAGGCGCAAGAAAUAACUUGACCGCCUUGACCUUCGAUAUUUAG